GGGAGAACUGUGGGAAGACUCGCUAUACUAAUACUUUCAUGACUCGCUUGUUUUCCAGGAGGCAGCAGCUGGAGCAGCCUGUAUACUGCGAGCCCGAGUCGCGGCGACCCACCACCGUGGAAGAUGAUAAGCAAGACAUAUCGGGCGCCAAUCCGGAGAAAGUCAAGAGCACGACGCAGGAUCUAUUCGAGUUGCUCGAGCGAGUGCAGAGUUCGCGUCUCGAUGAUCAACGCUGCGUUCUGCCGUCGUACUUCUCUCAGACACCGAGAGAUGACCGAACGACGUCGAGCCCGGGUGGUGCGCCCAGCAAUCACACCUCGGCGCUGUCGCCAUCGCCGGUGGGCGAUGCGCCCUUAGGUAGAGCGUUGAUGGAGGCCGCCCUGCAGCAGCAAGCCGCGACCGGUGUCCAGCCGCCCUUAGUCGUCACGCCGUCCGGGUAUUGGAUUGACGGCACCGAUCAUCGGCAUACCCUCGAUUCCGCCGGAAGGGCAUUGCUGCCGGCACAGCCGGCCUGGCAACCCAGGAUAGAUCAGGACGACACGGCCAAGUGCUACCGCCGCUUCUUCGUCGGCAGGGAACACGUGAAUCUCGUGGGAAGGGACGGUGAGAACGGCCCGGUCCUGGUCUCGGUGAAGGCCGAGACGGUCGCCGGACAGGAACACUGGCGGGUGCUGCUGCGACUUCGGGCGGGAUCGACGCACGAGCUGGUCCCAGCUACAAAUCUCAGCUCGAGUCCUACGCCGACGAAGAUGGUCAAGGCGAUCAACGAGACGCUAAACGUGAACCUCUUGAUGCCGGUCAUGUGCCCCGGCGCCGGUACCCUGAUAGCCCGAUACGACGAGCAUGCCCUGGUCUCCAGGUUCAAGUUCGGCGUUCUCCAUCAGCGAGCCGGCCAGCUCACCGAGGAGCAGCUCUUCGGCAAUCGGCAGAUCACUCCGGCCUUUCAGGAGUUCCUCGAUCUGCUUGGUCAGAAAAUCGAUCUCAAGGAUCAUAAGGGUUAUCGUGGCGGAUUGGAUACUCGACACGGUCAGACCGGCGACUCGGCGGUGUACGAAGUGUUCCGGGGCCGGGAGGUGCUGUUCCACGUAGCCUCGUUGUUGCCGUACAGCCCGGGCGAUUCGCAGCAGCUGCAGCGCAAACGUCACAUCGGCAAUGACAUCGUUGCCGUCAUAUUUCAAGAGGAACCGACGCCCUUCAGCCCGGACAUGAUCGCCAGCCACUUCUUGCACGCCUUCAUCGUCGUACAAGUCAUCGACCCCUGCACUCCCAAUACGAGGUACAAAGUCAGCGUGACGGCGCGCGACGACGUUCCCUGGUUCGGACCGACUCUACCGACGCCGGCAGUCUUUCUCAGAGGUGUCGAGUUUAAAGAGUUCCUGCUCACGAAACUCGUAAACGCCGAGAACGCCGCUUACAAGGCCGAGAAAUUCUCCAAGUUGGAGCUGCGGACCAGAUCGGCCUUGCUGGAAUCACUAACGGAAGAACUGCAGACCAAAACGGCGGAAUUUCUCGGUGGCCCGCUUGGCCUGGGAAAUUCCGGCCUGAACGUUUGCCCGGUGAGUCCGACGAACGAUGUAUCCACUUCGGGAAGCAGUGGCAGCGGCUCGCGGUUCAUCGACACGGUGCGGAAAGCGCUGAUCUCCCGCGUGAGGAACGCAUCGACGGAGAGCGUGCCGCAGCAGCUAGCCAAGAAGGGUCAUCAGACCGAGUCCUCCAGUCCUCCGAGUAAUCGGCAGUCAACUGUCACGAAGGUGAGCGGCAACAAGCGCUCGGUGGAACUGUCCAGUCCCCUCGGCUCCCCGGAUCUGACACUGAGGAGAGACUCGGAGCGCGGUAGCCUCGGCAGCCAGGACAGCAGCUUGUCCAACACCGACAAUCAGGACAGCAGUCUGGCGACGUUGCAGCAGGACGAGUAUGAUCGCAGAGAAUCAUCGCAGGGCGCGAGUGUCGUCUGCCUCGACAGCAGUGAUGCCACUGUCAUCGACAAGACCACCACCCCCCCGGCUGCGCCGACGUCGGCGACGGUGCAGCGAUUGACGCACGAAAAUCUGCGUACGCAGGAGAAGACUACGGCGGAGGUGACGCAGCGAGUGAUCUCGGAGAGCGACGACAGUUCGCUCAACAGCGAGCUCGAGCUCGAUCAGGCCGUGUAUCCCGACAGCGACACGGGUCUCGAGUCCAUGAGCUCCGCGGAAACUCACGACACCACGAGGUGCACGAGCAAAGACGGGGUCGCGGAAAACGAGAACCUGAGGAUGGAGGUCACCAGGCUCAAGUGCGACAAGCUGGAUCUGCUGCGGCAGAAUGUGACAUGCCAGCGCGAACUGAAACGCCGUCGGGAGAAAGAGCUGCAGCUGGAGUCCGACUUGGCGGCGGCGUCGAAGGAGAUCCUACGACUACGUGCGAUGCUGAAGGAGUGCUCCACGAGCAUCCCGCUGGACAACAAUAACCAGCAGACGUCCACCGUGUGAAGUUUUGCGAGCCCAGCGUGUAGUCUUAGACGCGAUCGUCAUCAGUUGCUCUCGCAGCGAGAUGUUAGAUAGUGUAGUCAUGGCCUUCGCGAUCGAAUAUACAAUUGCAUGCGUGCUGUUAGAGAUUCUGGAAAAUUGUUUUCGAAGAACGCGCGAAACAAAUUUUUCUUCCUCUUUGUUUAUAGCAAUUCCGUUGCAAUUCACACACGGCUUUCACACGCACGCUGUUUCUUUCCCCGUCAGCGCUCUCACUUUCGCGUAUAGUCUGAUUGCUGGAAUGAUGAUAACGCGAAAUAUCGAUGGACGCCUGAAGGCCGCGACGAGAGACGCGUAAAGUGGAGGACGUCUUUUAAAAAACGCUUUGACGAGAGUACUCAAUACUUAAAUACUAUGUACCUUCUUCCAUUCACCAGGAAUCGUUCGUCACUUCCAAAGGAAUUAAUCUAUCGUUUAGCGCUCCGUAGGAGCAUAUAGGGUUUGCAAUUUAGACGCUUUACCGCGAGGAUUAAUACUGUUCAAGCCGCGAAGUUUUCUUUCUCUAGACAGAGAUCUAGGUACAAGUUCUAUAAGUAGUCAUAUACGAGGUAGUAGGAUUGUAACACAAAUCCUGAAACUGUGUGUGUGUAUAGCGACCAAAGUGUUCUCGGGAAACACUUGCGGUGUAGACUCAAGAUUGUUAGAGUUCUUGUUUGACUUGUGUAAGACCACGUGUAAUAUUUAUCUAUUAAUUUAUUAGUAGACCUAAGCUGACCCAUUCGUAAGUCAAUAUACAUAUGUGGACGUAAAAAGAAGCGCAAGCAGAUAUUUGUAAUAUUAGCUGUUUUAAGAGGCGGGGCGGAUUCAGCACACGACGUUGAAAAGAAAAAAAACACAAGAAUCGUCAUCGAUGCGCGCCGCAUGCGAAAGCGUGUGUCUUCUGUCUAGCGCGAAGCUAAUAAAACAUGUAAUUCCCCGGGGUUUUGGGUACUACCAGGAAAAAACCAGGAAAACCUGGAAUGAAAUUCUCAGGGAAUUUCAUUUUUGCCCUUGAAAAUCAUGGAUUUCUCAUGGAAUUUUACUGGUACUGAGGGAAAUUUUUAAAAUUUUUAAAAUUUAAUUUUAUCCCUUUAGAAAGUAAACGUGGCCCCAUUUAUUAUUUCCGAUUUUUCAGAUUAAAGAGUCUUUAUAUAGUAUAUGUCAAUUUUAGAAUAAAAUAAUUAACUUCAAUAUCAGGGGCCUCCGAUAUCUGAAAAACGAUAACUUGGAAAUAAUAAAUCUGGCAUUAAGAGUCUAAUAACGCAGACCUUGGUGCGUGAAACAAUUUAAUCUUCACAUAUGUACAUCUCCAUACAAUAUCUUUCGUUACGUUCGAAAAAUUUUGUAUGCAGAUGUAACAGAUGUACAUAUGAGAAGAUUAAAUUGUUUCGCGCAUCAAGUUCUGUAGGCAUUAUCGGAACUCUUAGUGCCUAAUUUAUUUUAAAGGUGUAUUGAGAAAUUCUCUAAUCUUACCUGGAAUUUUGAAUAAAAUUCCUGGAAAAUUCAAAAUUACAAAAUUCGAGUACCCACCCUGUUCCCGUUUAUUCUUCGCGUAGCGCACGGAUUAUCCAGACAAUUGGGUAAAACUUCAUUUACUCUUUAGACCUGCGAUCCUGCGUAGUCAGAAGACCUUUCGUGCACGCGAUUGUAGAAUAUGUAUCGCUAGUUGCAGUAUUUGUCACACGACACACACCUGCCCAGGAUACACUCUCGCCCGUUUAUUAGUUUUCCUAGUAUUAGACCGGAGAAUAGUUUUUUUUUUUUUUUUUUUAGAGGACACUUGUACGAGAUUCAAUCGUCUCCGGAACACGUCCAUCCUCGCGUGCUAGUUUUAGCGAGGAACUGAUAUUUCCAAUUUUUCCAGUUUAACCAAUCGCGCACAGCACCAAAUUAUUUAAGUGUACGCAUCACUUGUACUUUCGCAAAGUAUCUUUUUUUUUUCGCACGCGCAAACGAGAGAUGCGUUAUCGUUUACCACUCACGACUUAUAAAGUUAAGGAUUUUGUAUUUUGUAUUUUUCUUUUUUUGUUCUUGGUUGACGGAUGUCGAUCCUUCUGUUAUCUCUUACAGCUAGUAUUAAUACUCUUACCAUUAUUAUUAUUAUUAUUAUCAUCAUCAACCUUAAUAUUAUAUUAUUAUUAUUAAUACUUUUAUUAACAUGGAUUACGUUGUAUGAUCUUUGUAAAUAAUCGUUAAUAUAGGACAGACACUCGAAAGCGCUAAGCAAACUGGCACAAAGAGGAGGAACAAUGACGUUCACUCAACACAUAAUACCAAAGUUUAAUGUAGUAAAAUUCACACUA